AUGCAGCUCAAGACCCUCCUGACCAUCUUCGCCGCCGCUGCCAUCGCUUCUGCAGCUGCCCUCCCGGAGCCCGAGCCUGUUGCGGAGCCGGCUGCCGCUGCUCUCAGGAAGUGGACUGCCGAAGGCGGGUGCAAGAUUGACUGGAGCAGGCGCUGCAAUGCUCAGUGCAAGGGCGAGGCCAUCAACAAGGGCUACAAGUGCAAGGACGUCGACUCCGACAUCAUUGGCGGCCCGACCAACUGCGUGCCCGGCUGGAGAAAUGACAACCUUGAGGAGCUUUCCAUGCUUCUCUGGGUGCGUGAAUUGGACACGAUCAAACGGACACGCCCGCUUCUCGAUCCAAAAGCCUUCCCUGUCAAAACUGUUGGAAUAUACCAUGUCAAUUGGCAAGAGGCAUUAGGGGAAAAGGCAAUUAAGCCAAAGAAGGCAUCAAAAACCACCGCAGCAGAGGUUAUCGACCUGACAGAUCUUGAUGAUGAUGAUGACGACAACAACAACACCUGCAAUAGCAGCAACAAGGUCACAUCUCCAACUUCUCUUAUGCAACGAAACUGGCACGGUACAAGCUCUGCUGAAGAAGUGUUUCCACGAGAAUGGAUAACCGCUCUAGCCAACGUGCCUAUAGAUUUAGAAACGGCCCUUACGGGAAGCUACUGGGCUGGAUUCUACACACAGUGGAGGAAUGAUCAACAGAAGAACAAGCAGUCACAUGGGGGCAGGCCAGUCCCGCAACUUUUGUUCAAGGGAUUUCCCAUGAUGGAAGAUGUGGUGUUCUUCAAGCACAGUAACUUCUGGACGGACCCUGACGGAAUUUACCACGCAGACAGCGGCUGCUGCUACUGGCUAUCCCUGGCCCUAAUUUUGUAUGGCAACCCACGUGCCUGGCUCCGGGUAAAAGCCGAGCAUUUGAACUUUCUGGAGCAAGUCUUUUCUGAUUCGUCUCAUCCUCGGUAUACGUACUACACCCGGAUGAACCAGCACAAGAUGCAAACGGUGGCACCCACAGGCACAGUGGACGCCUCACUGUUUGAGAUGUUACAUACCCCCGGGUGCUGGGUGUCUGAUGAGAUGUGCAAUAUGACGGCAGAUAUAUAUAACGUCUUCAUUGUCUUGUACAAGUACGAUUCGCCAAACAAGGAUAACGAAAAGUGGAAGAACAAGGUGUAUGACAUGAAGGCGUUUGGGUCGUAUAACAACCGGCACAUUUUCCUCUGUUUCACCAACGAGAACCACUUCCAGCCCAUGGUCCCUAAUGACUACUUAGCUCACGAGUUCAAGCUGCCACGCAUCACUCUUGAGUCAACAAAGAAGUAUAAAAUGGAGACGAAUGCCAAGGCACGUAAAAACGUCGAAGAUGGACCGAAGCACUAUAUGCGCAAUUGGCAGUUUACGCCUUUGUUUCACAUGCCGUCGUUCACCAUCGAGCAUCUCUCACGAGCUGCGGGAGUCCCCAUGGCACCCAAGUCACAUACUGCAUUUUCCAAGGUUCCCCAGCCAACACCACCAGCAUCUGAGCGAGCCCGUCGCUUCGCCGCCUCUUCUGUCUCGUCGAGCAGAAGCAGUAAACCUCUACCUCUAUCUCUUCAUGGCAAGCACCCGUCUCCUGAUUUGGAAUCGCCGCCCGCUAAGCGUUUGAAGACAGUGAUGGGAUCGAGAUUGGUCACAGCGCCUGGUUAUAUUCCAGGAUUUACCGAACAGGUCAGACCUCAAACUUCAACCCCUCGGUCCCGCCCGCAAGAGAGCGACCGCUCUCAGACGAGUCCGUCCAAGCAUCAUGAUUCAGUAUUGAGCCCAACUACGCGGCCUGUACAUCCUGGAAGCGGCUCUCAGUUGCAAGAAGUAGAAAGCCCUACACCGACCGGUAAACUGGUCCAGGUUGAGGCUCAAGAAACAAACCAAGCUAAUAAGCGUAAGGAGACGGCGACGAGUAGCAAGACAGCAACAAGUAGCAACCAAACCAUGACCGGCAAAGCCACAGCCACUGGUAAAGUUAUAACCGCUACGGCCACUGACAAAAUAAUUACCAGUGGCAAUGCCAUAACAACUACCGCUGGCAAAGCUACUCCAACUCCUAAAGCAACGAACAGUGGUCAAGCAACGACUGGUAGUAAAGCAAGCCCCAGCGGAAAAACCACAGCCCCAGGCAACAAAAAGACCGUUCAACGAUCAAAGACAAACGACCCGCCAGGCGCGGAGUGGAAAUCCGCCACCAAGAGCCUCCUGCGAAGGAUCAGGCUCGACUCGUUGCAAGUAUUGUGCUUCAACCACGGACUGGGCAAAAUGGGCGGCGAGAUCGAGGGUUGGACAAAGGAGCAGUGCGUCCAGGCACUGCUAAAUCUUCAGGAGAGCGGCACAAAGGUGCAGAUUAGAAUGGUAAAGGACGGUCGGCGACUCGUGCCUGAUCUGAGGUGGAAGUGGCUGGACCCUCAGCUGGCCUGGGGCGAGGGAGAUGAGUAUGAGAAAGAGGUCGAGGACGAUGAGUUGGAGUCUGGUGGCGAGGAUGAUCAUGAGCCACCCUCUGAGGAGGAGUAA